GAGUCUGGGGGGCCCGGGAGUCUGGGGGGCCCGGCAGUGUGGGAACCCCGGGGGAGCUUGUUUAGCAUCGGUCGUCAAGGAGAGAAAGAUCAGCUGUUCCUACCUAUUGUAUCUGAAUUUAUUUUAUAGACAUACAACAAGGACAUAUAUUGUAUUCUACAAGAGGGAGCGGCGGACAGAUAUGCUUGUGCUAAGAUGGGUGAUGAAAUAAAAAAUGAGCUCUCCAUCGAGAAGGCAUAGUAGAAAAACUAAUGAUCUGCUGUAAGAUCUCCAUUAGUGAAUGAUGGAGGGCAUGGAUAACACUGGGUUAUUGGGAGAUAGAGGGGAGGCAUUUUUUUUGGUGUAUCGAGGGAGCACAGAAGUAGAUCGACACUACUCCAAACCUAUGCUGCCAUGGAUCAUCUCUGAGAUCAAGAAUCGACAAAAAUCAAUUAAGGUGACGGUUGAAAUCAACAGAGGAAAUGUUACAAUUCGUGAAGUUUCGACAGGCAUUGUGAUAUUAAGCCACAUGGUUAAACAAAUACACAAAUGUGUUAUGGAACAGGCUGACCAUACUUGCUUCUUGUACACACUUAAGCCUGUGGAUAAGGAACACGGGUCAGUGUUUGGUGCAGCUGGAUAUGUGGCCGCAGCAGAUCCAUCACAGCUUAUUCCUGCCAAUGUUCCUGCAGACCAGAAUUAUCAGUGCCAUCUUCUGCAGGCUGCUAAUGAACAACAAGUUCGAAGUUUUUUCACUUGCUUACGUCAGCAGCCAAAAGAAGUACAGCAGUGUUCAGAGAACUCUUCAUUGUCAUCUUUGAAUUCUCUUCCUGAUCUCUAUGUUCAUAAUGAAUCACAGUUUUUUGAGGUACUGUUUGUUGGAAGAGUUAAAGUGUCUCAUGCUAAGGUGCCACAAAGUUUUAUUGAUGAAGCUUUAUCAGCAUUCAAAUUGAGAGAGAAGUCACGUCAACGUCAUGCAUCAGGAGAGGCUUCGUUGCCACAACCAAACAGUGCUGCAGUUACAUACCAGCAAGAAGGAAGUGGGGUGUCAGUUCCAAACAUCGUGUUCACAAGUUUGUCAAUUGACUCCGAUUCAGAAUUUCGAAGUCGCAGUAAUUCGAGGGACCUAGGUAAAAUAGAAUUGCCAGAUAAAGGGAAGCAAGAGCAAGACAAUCAAGAAGGCCAGAAGAAUUCUAAAGUGAAAUUUUCUCUGUGGUCAAGCACUGAACAGGCUCCAGAGUCUCCAGCUGAGAGUCCUAAUGUUAUAAAUGUACCACAAUCUGCGGACUUAUUUCUGCCAGCGUCUGCCCAGACCUGCUUACCUCCGCCUGUUGAUAUGGUACCUGUAACAAUUCACAGGUCCUCAAGUAUUUCAGGAGGAGAAUGUGAAAAGUCAACUUCUGAUAGUUCUGGAGAAAAGGCGGGAAAAGCCGAGAAUGAAGCAGGAAGAAAGGCAGAGCUGUCAAAUGUUGAACCCUUUAGGCAGCGUCUCAGGACAGUCAGCGGAGAUUCUAGUCAUAUAUUUCAUAAGUCAUCACACAAUCAGGAUCAGGGGAUGAGAACUCGCACAGGUUCCAUUGGCAGCAUGACACAGAGGAACCGCGGAUUACGUCCUUUUGAUAAUGAUCUGAAAAUGCUGAGCCAGGACUUCAACCGUACCAUGUUAUUCCACAUUGGCCGCAGUGAAAUCCAGUUGAUUAACCCAGAAAUGAAGUCAGUCCAGUUGAACAAAAACUUCAAAGAUAUUGCCCACUGUUGCCAGGGAGUUAAAAAUAAUGACCACUUUGGAUUUAUCUGUCGUGAGUUAAGUGGAGAAGCCCCUUGCUACCUUGGAUAUGUCUUUAAGUGUCAGAUGAGCUCAGUUACAGAUGAAAUUAUGCAAGCACUCAGCAAAGCAUUUGCAGCCAUCCAUGAAGCACAAAUUCGGGAACGUCAAGAGAAUCUUCUGUGCGAUCUAUGCCCAAUGAAGUGGUUCAGUCAGCUUUGUACAGAAGUUGAGGGCUUACCAGCUGCCAAAGCACACGUCACCAUUAAGAAGCGUUUAUCAUCUCUGCCCGAAGAAGAGAAAAGUAUUUUGAUAGCCAAGUAUGAAGGAGCAGAAACACCUGAUACACAGUUACAAAACAACAUUUUGAUGAUGCUCCUGAGAGCUCACUUUGAGAACAAGCAGGCCAUGCACUCUCACACAGCUCUUCCUGGUGGGGGUGUCAGGUUAGUUUUUCCUGAUAUUGCAUUACUAUGUAGCUUAGAGAUAAUUGACGAUAUCCUAAAGAAGUGUGAAGAAAAAGUAGUUAAAUUAGAAGAAGAAAAUGGAGCUCUCAGGAGUGAGUUUCACACUUACAAGGAAGUUUUCUACAGCAAGACCUUGAAAAGUUUAUGUUGUCGAGUUAAUAUUAUUUUGAUAUCCAGUUUACCUACACAAGUCAAAAUGUCAAGUUUCUCUGAUGUUCUGCACACACUUUUCUUCAGUUUCCUGAAAGUUGGCUACCCUAGUCCUAGAGGUCCAAGUGAAGAAGAGAGUGCUGGCACUGGAAAGCCUGAUAACACCUCCACCACCUCCUUCAGGCAUGCAAUUCUCCAAAGGGUCGUCUCUCCAUCAAAAAAUUCUGAAUCUUUGGGCCAGUUGGGAAGUCGCAGCCAUCAUGGUAACAACGACAAUAUUAUUGUUGAGAAAAGGUCCAAGGAACAAUUAAAAAUCAUUUGGAAGAAGGCUGUGUUCCAGCAAAUUCUUCUCCUUCGAUUUGAAAGAGAAAAUCAACGUCUAAGAGCUCUGCAGCAAGAAGUGGCUCUCCAGCGAGUGCGUCUAAAUUAUGAAGAGGAAGAAAUACCUGAAGAAGCUACACAAGCAUGGCAAAUGCUUGUCUCCAGGCCAAUGGCCAGAAUAGACUCAAGUAUCCUUCACAGUGGCAUUAAACAAGGUAUUCCAAAGGCAGUCCGCGGUGAGGCAUGGCAGCUGUUGAUGUACCAAUAUUUGGCACACAAUCCAAAACUUGAGCCACAGUUUCCCAGUUACAACCUUCCAUAUGAGAGUAUGAUCAAGGAGCUCACUUCACAGCACCAUGCCAUACUCAUCGACUUAGGUCGUACGUUUCCAACACAUCCAUACUACAUGCAGACACUUGGUCCUGGCCAGCUUGCCCUUUUCAAUUUACUGAAAGCUUAUUCAUUGUUGGAUAAGGAUGUUGGGUACUGCCAAGGUCUCAGCUUUGUUGGAGGUAUUCUCCUUCUUCAUGUGGAAGAAGAGGCAGCGUAUAAUCUGUUGAAGCAUCUGAUGUACGUAAUGGGAUGCAGACGUCAGUAUCGACCAGAUCUUAUUGGUCUUCAGGUACAGAUGUAUCAACUAUCACGACUGCUUCAUGACCAGCUUCGCAAGUUAUAUGACCACUUUGAGACCCAUGAAGUCACACCACAGCUCUUUGCUGCUCCCUGGUUCCUGACACUUUUUGCUUCACAGUUUCCUCUGACCUUUGUUUGCAGAGUAUUUGAUAUGCUGUUGAUGGAAGGUAUGGAGGCAGUGUUUCGUGUAGCUCUUGUGCUCCUCAGGGUACAUGAAGAAGCCCUACUGGCUUGUGAGUCAUUUGAACAACUCAUGGACUUCAUGAAAACAUCCAUGUCCAAUCUUAAUGUCCAACAGACAGGAAACAUAAUUGCUCAGGCAUGUGAGUGUACACUGAAGCAGGAGCUGCAAGCCUAUGAAGUAGAAUAUCAUGUACUGCAAGAGGAACUUGCUCUUUCACCUCAAAAUCAUACAGACUUCCAGAAAAUGAAAGAAGCAAACAAGAAUCUCAAGCGACAAAAUUUAGAUCUAUUGGAGCAGCUUCAUCAUUCAAAUUCACAUCAACAUGCCCUUGAAACUUCCAAUCAGAGCUUACAGCAGAGUCAGCAUCAUUUAGAAGUAAGAGUUCGAUGGUUGGAAUUGGAACGUGGUAAUCUCAAACACCUUGUCGAUUUGUUAGCACAGAAAGUACCACCGGAGAGCCUGUCUGGCAUCCCUCCUAACCUGCAGCGUUUUCUACCUAUUAAUAGUAAGAAGGCAGCAGAUGACAGCGAAAAAGACGAUACAAAAGAAACCGACGAUAUAUCUUCGUCCCUUCCGUCUCCAAGCCCUAGCAACCACCAACACCAGCAGCAUGCUCACACUAGCCCCAGGGCAGUUUCAAUGGAUUAUAGUAUAAUGCAACGUUAUAUUAAGAACCUUGUUGGUAAUGACUAAAAGUUCAUACAGGUGUAUAUUUUUUUUUUAAGUAGAUUAAGUUUGUUCCUGUGAAUACAAUUUCUUGCUUAGUAAAGUGGGAUACUUGUUUAAAGACUUUUAAUUUAUGCAAUGGUGCUGUAAUUGAUGGUAAAAGAAAUUAUAUGUAGAAGCUACCUCUAUUGGUAAUAUGCUGAUAACUUUAUUAAAAAAUAUAAUGUGCCAGGUUUUUAGCUUUUGAGUAGGCCCCCAUCAGUAGCUCCCUAGCAUUAGGCGUUGUCACACCAGAGCCGUGACAAACACACGAGGCGUCUGUGACAGUCUUGGCUCACUGGGAGCAAGUGCCAUUUCACACCAAUUUUUCCCUACACACUUAUAAAAGAUUACUGGACUCCUGAGGUAAACCACUCUUAAAAUGGCCCAUAAAACACCCCAACACUUCCUCUUAAAUUGUUUAGUAAUUAGCUAUCAAACAAGUUCUGGAAACCAUCGCAUCACCUCUCCAGCUUGACAGCAGGUGGCUGCUAGAUCCCCUUAGGGCUCUGGUAAUUUGGCCCCAUUAUAUCCUGGCUGACAGACUAUCCUCUUCUGUCAAAACCAGAUUUCUGAACUAAUUGACCAGCUAUUCUUUUGAACUUUACUCAUAGUAUAUUUGCUGGUUACAAGCAGUGUCUCGUGUAUUCCAUCUGCUGUGGCUAAGUUCAGGAUACCCUUUUCUAUGUUAUUAUCACUGAGUGUCCAGACUUUAGUACCCUGAGUACUACUGUACCUUUAUUAGUAGCCAUGAGAGCAACUGACAGGGUCCUCCCAGAAGUCAAGCAUUGAAUAUAAUGAAAUGCCCUUUUCUUAUUAGACUUCAGUAGCUUUCCCUGUUCCCACUGUGACUCCUCCUUCCCCUUGGGUUGUCUGGGGUUUAAUUCUGGCAUCUGGUGUUGGGUGGGUGGCUGGCUAGUGCCUAGAGUGGCUUUGGCUGCCAUUUAGUGGUGGUCAGGCAAUUUAAAGUUAGGGUUCUUCACUCAUUAUAAUGGUAAUUUCCUUUUUCACUUCAUCUUGAAUUUCUGUCUACAAAGCAGUAGCUUGCUUUUUCAUCUAAUAUCUCUGGCGAGUUUUCCUUAGUUUGAAGUAGAUCUUUGAUUCACAAGGUUUCCUUGCCUCGUAGAGAGAGCUAGACUCUCUUCUUGAUUCCUGGUGCACAUCUCAAGGCUUGGUUACAACAGAUCAAAAACUAAGGAAAGCUAUACAUGGCCCACCAGAAGAGCUUAUUUCAUUACACUCUGCACUUAAUGUUUGGGCAAGGGGGGUUUUCUCCUCAAUGUGGAUUGAUCUCUAAUCCUCACAUGCUUUCCUGCUUCUGUAAAUGAGAAGGUAUCUAACACUUACUGCCAGGAGGUAAAGAUAGUGGUAGAUGUCUGUGUAAUGGUCUUGGCCCUGGGAGUGCCAGUUCUUAAGAUGUGGUCAGCCACUCACGAGCCCCAUAAAAAGGGCAUAUAAUUAUGCUCAAUGCUCUAUAUUUUACUCUGAUUUUCUCAUGUGUUACCAAGACAUAACAAUUGUUGUAGUUAUUUACUCAUACCCUUAGAAAAUAUUGUUUGAUUUCUAACUAAUUCCAUUUAUAUUACAUACAUGAAAUAUAAAUAAAUAUAUAAAUAUAUAUAUAUAUAUAUAUAUAUAUAUAUAUAUA